AUGAAAGGAAUGUCUUAUCAAGACAAUCGUAUUUGUUUCGGUAGAUAUGCUCUCCAAGCACUUGAACCCACUUGGAUUACAUCUAGACAAAUAGAAGCAGGCCGACGUGCAAUGACAAGAAACGCACGGCGUGGUGGGAAAAUAUGGCUACGUAUAUUUCCCGACAAACCCGUUACCCUAAGACCUACAGAAACACGUAUGGGUUCAGGGAAUGGAUCUGCCGAAUAUUGGGUAGCUGUCGUUAAACGGACAGAAUACUUUUUGAAAUGGGUGGAGUAG